UUCGAAAUUAGGUACGUUAAUUUCAUUUUUGAUUUAUCAUUAGAUAUGGAUAAGUGGUUGAAACAAGAAACAAAAAAAGAGCUAACACAUAAUGUGGAAAGGGUUCAAUUGGCAAAUACCUCUCAAGACAACAGCAUUUCGGAUGUAAACACUGGAAAAGUCUCGAAAACAGAGAAAAACAGAAAGUACUGCAAUGAAUAUAUUAAAUAUGGAUUUACUUAUAUAGGAAAUGAAAACUGCCCUCAACCACAAUGUGUAGUAUGUGGAGAUGUUUUAUCUAAUGGCUGCAUGAAACCUUCCUUACUCCUACGACAUUUACGAAUGAAGCAUCCCAAUUAUAAAAACAAGGAACAUAAUUUUUUUAAACGCUUGGAGCAAAAUAUGAGUAAAUCGAGUUUGAAGCCGUACAUCCAGUCAUCUGACAAAAAUCUCGAAAAUGCCGUUGAAGCUAGUUACCGUAUUAGUUACCGUAUUGCUAAAUGUGGCAAAAAUCAUACCAUAGCUGAGAAUUUGAUUCUUCCCUGUAUAAAAGAUGCUGUUCGCUGUAUGCUCGGAGAAGACCAAGUACCUAAAAUGAACAACAUUCCUCUUUCGAACAAUACAAUAUCUCGAAGAAUUCACGAGAUGUCUGAUGAUGUUGAAAUGACAACAAUAAGCCGAAUUAAAAAUAGUAAAUUUUUUGCUAUUCAAGUUGAUGAAAGCACAGAUGUCGCCAAUUUUGCUAUUUUGCUUGUUAUAGCAAGAUAUUUGGUCGAUAACGAAAUUGAAGAAAACCUAUUACUUUGUCAUCCUUUGUCAGAACGCACAAGAGGUGAGGACAUUUUUAAUGCUAUUGAUUCUUAUGUCAAAGAAAAGGGAAUUGAUUGGUCUAACUGCUGUGGAUUAUGUACCGAUGGUGCCAAGUCUAUGUCAGGUAUUUACUCUGGUCUUCGCAGUCGUGUAAUGAAAGUAGCCCCGAACGUAAAUUGGAGCCAUUGCUGCAUCCAUAGACAAAAUUUAGCUUCUAAAAGCCUUCCUCAUAAAUUGAAACUUGUUCUUGAUGAAGCUGUCCAAGUGGUUAAUUUUAUAAAAUCGAGGCCCACAAACGCAAGAAUUUUCAAAGUUCUAUGUGACGACAUGAUGAAUCUUCAUUCUACAUUGCUCCUUCAUACAGAAGUGAGAUGGUUAUCUCGUGGUAAAGUUCUUACCAGACUAUUCGAGCUUAGGCAUGAGGUACAAGUUUUUUUUGAAAGCAAUCCUUUCAAGCUCUCAUCCAAAUUUCAUGACGAUAAAUGGCUUCAGGCUCUCGCAUAUUUAUCAGAUAUUUUUCUGCAUAUAAAUAAGUUAAAUUUGGCAUUCCAAGAUAAAACAACGAUAUUUACUGUGUCUGACAAAAUUGAAUCUAUAAUUAAAAAAUUUGAUUUUUGGAAGUUAUGUAUUAAAAAUAGUCAACCUGAAGUAUUUGAAACAUUGCACAGUUUCUUAUCUGAAAACAAAUUACGACUUUCUCCAGAAUUAAAUCAACAAAUAGUUGAACAUUUACAAGGAUUAAAAUCGGAUUUUCAGAAAUACUUUCCAAAACCUGACAACACAAACUAUUGGAUUCUAAAUCCAUUUGAAGAGGAAUACUUUCAGGUAGCUAAAUUAUCAAGUAAGGAAAAAGAGAAUUUGAUCGAAAUUUCAACCGAUUCGAUUUUAAAAUGCCAAUUUAAAUCAAAAUCUCUUUUUAACUUUUGGGCAGACAUUAACAAAGAAUUUGAGCUACUUUCUGAUAAAGCACUUCAAUUUUUGUUGCCAUUUACAAGUACUGUGCUUGUGGAAAGAGCUUUUUCUUCCUAUCUGUAUAUUAAAAAUAAGUAUCGCAAUAAGCUGAAGGCAGUUCCAGAUUUGAGAUUGUACCUCGCAUCAGUCGAACCUGACAUAAAAAAAUUAUGCGAGAAAAAACAAGGACAAGGCUCACACUGAACUCCUUUCAUACGAAAUUAAAUACUUUGAAGUUAGUUUUUUGUGCAAUUUUAUUUUUAUUGUAAUUUUUAUAUUUGUAUUGUAAAUGUGUUUAUUUUUACAUGUAUGAACGUAAAUAUAUUCUCUUUAUCAACAUUAUAAAUUAGUUUUUUUUAAUUUAAAGUUACAACAUGUAAAAUUAACAAUACGAUUACUCACUAAAUUUCUUAAAUGAGGGGUACAAUAUAGAGAAAUGACAUGUCACGG